GCUGAUCUGGGUCCGCACCUUUUCCGGUAACACAGCACCGCCACCGCUGUGACUGAACGGCUGGGGAGAGAGAGAGAGGGAGGAAGAGAGACCGAGAGCGGCAAGAGCGGGGAGAAACGGUCCGGGGACUGGGGGAUGAUAGCCGCAGGCGUAGGGGGAAGAGAAGAAAGUCGGAUGAAUCAAUGACCUUUUGAGCGCUCUUCCUCUGGAUGUCCCGGCGCAGAAACGGAGCGGAGAAGGUUUAAUUUUGCUGCGUUUUCCUCAAGAAAUUCGCCGUGCUUUGAAAUUCAUCGAUUGGAAUUAGCUAAGGCCAAGUGUGGACAGCCGGCAGCCAAGGAGGAAGUGGGAACCCCCGGGCUCGGAACUGGGCCUGAUUUAUAUAGUAAGAAAAAUCCAAAAAUCCCAGCCACUCCGUGUCAGGUCCGGCUCAGCUGAGAGCAACGGGAUUUUUGAAAGGAGACGAGGAACUUGAGAUGUGGAUUUUGAGCGAAGUCUGCGCUCGAAGGCGAGUUUGAAACAAGGGGAUGUCAUUUUUUUCUUACACCGGAGAGCAGUGGAUCAAGAUAAUACAUCCACACCCAAUUGUAUUGCAAGGGCUGCAUACAUUCUGCUCCCGCUGACUGCUCGGAGUCACCAGCUCAGGUCAGAUCACCACAGGCCAGAUAAUUGUACUGUACAAACUUGAAAGUCACCGCCUUUUGAAUAUUGACACUUGUCAGCCCACCGCUGACAUCACGUGGAGGGCUUUUAGUAGCUACACACUGAGACUAAGCUGUGUUUAAAAAAAAAAGAAGAAACAAUACAACUUUUUCUCUGGUUAGUGAAGUCUUACUUUUUCUUCUAACAAAGUAUUUAUGCACAUCAAACAAGAUGGGGAAGAUGAUGUCAAAGAUCUUUGGCAACAAGGAGAUGAGAAUAUUGAUGCUUGGACUUGAUGCUGCUGGGAAAACUACCAUCCUGUACAAGCUGAAGCUGGGACAGUCCGUCACCACCAUCCCCACGGUCGGAUUCAACGUGGAGACCGUCAACUAUAAGAAUGUGAAGUUCAACGUGUGGGACGUCGGGGGCCAGGACAAGAUCAGGCCGCUUUGGAGACAUUACUACACGGGCACCCAGGGCCUCAUUUUCGUGGUGGACUGUGCCGACAGGGACAGGAUCGACGAGGCGAGGCAGGAGCUCCACAGAAUCAUCAACGACCGGGAGAUGAGGGACGCCAUCAUCCUCAUCUUCGCCAACAAACAAGACCUCCCAGACGCCAUGAAACCCCACGAGAUCCAGGAGAAGCUGGGCCUUACCCGGAUCCGAGAUAGGAAUUGGUACGUUCAGCCCUCGUGUGCGACAACAGGGGAUGGACUAUAUGAGGGCCUGACCUGGCUUACCUCAAAUUACAAAUCUUAAUGUUUCCCUCACCCAUCACCAGCCUGGACACUUGGAGGCAAGAAAGAGUAGCUGAGAAUGAAAAACACGAGUUUAAAAAAAAAAAAAGAAAAAUACAAAAAAAAGCAAUCUGAAGCAAUUAAUGACCUCUCUGCUGAAUAUGUAUCAAAGAGAGUAGCAAUUAUAUUUUAUUUGUCUUUUUGAUAAUUCACUAUAACCCCAGAUUUCAUUUAAACAACAAUUUUUUCUCUUUUUUUUCUAGUUUGCUUUGGUUCACAAUCAAUAUAAUCAGUACUUCUUAAAUAUACAAUAAGCUUAUUUUUGAGCUCUUAUCGCAAAUUCUUUUAUUUUCCUCCUUUUUGUAUCUUUUCGAGGACUUUGGGACACCUUUGUUAUAGUUUCACCCCUUGCUUAGCUCUCAUUCAGUAUUUUCACGACCCAGCUACAUAUCCAAAGGAUGGGAAACCAUUGCCUACAUCAGCAUAUCAGUCUCAAGGCUCAAACUGCCUCUGUAAUAUGUACGAAUGUGGGUGUAUUAGGACCUCGGACAAAAAAAGACAAAAAAAAAAAAAAAAUCGUAACUGAUUGUAUUGGGAUGAAUGAGGAAAUGUGUUCGUACUUAUUUCCUGUGCAGUGAUUACAUCCAUGAUGUCUACCGUGGAGGUUUGUUUUGAAAGACACUAUGUGGACGCUGGAUAUUCACACUGUGAUAUGGAUAUAUAUAUAUUUUUUUUGUGUUCUUUCAGGGUCCAAAUCUGUUACCAACAGUCUUAUCAGUUCCUCUUUUGUUUCUGCCAGAGCUUCCAUUACUGUUGAGUAUUUGUAGUUUCAGCUGCCUUACGAGGGUUACAGGUACCCUUAAAUCUAGACAGUUCUUUAUGGCAGAAGGUAUUCUGAACCGCUGAGUUUGCACUUUGGUAGAGAAGGGAGGGGUGUUGGCAACUAGCUGGCUGAGCACAUUUUAAAUUCUGUGACUGACUUUUGGACCCCAGCAAGCGUUUACGAAAUUCCCAACCCCCCUCUCCACCUCCGAUGUUGGUGCUUCAGUGACUGCAACCCUCCUUUUUCUAUUCUUGUUUUUUUUUUUUUUUUUCAGCCACCACCAUCGUCAUCAUCAGCCUGUAACGUCACAAUCUGUUAUGAGUUCAUAGAUUCUGCUGUUUCAAAAUUUUCUUUCUUUUUCUUUUGCUAUGCUGAUGAAGUAAUAAAAAAAAAUAUAUCCAGAUCAGAA